AUGGCUAAAAUCAGCUGGCCUCAAGGAAGAAACCGAUGGCUUUAUCAUCGCAGCCCAAGAUCAAAGCCCCCAACACGCUGGUACCAACAAAACAUCCUCAAGAAGCCUGACGUGGACCCAAAAUGUAGACUGUGUGGCCGUUUCGAGGAGACCAUUGACCAUCUGGUCUCUGGCUGCCCUGAACUGGCUAAAACUGAUUAUAUCCACCGCCACAACAAGGCAGCUGCACACAUGCACUGGAAGGUCUGCAAAGAGUGUGGCAUUAAGGUGAAGGAACGAUGGUAUGAGCAUGAACCCAAGCGGACUGUCGCCGAGAAUGACAGCGUCUGUGGGGCAUGCCCAUCCACACUGACAGGACCAUAGCAGCUAAUAGGCCGGACACUGAGCUUAAGAACAAGAGGGAUAAAACCUGCCUUCUCAUUGACAUGACUAUACCCCUCGACACCAACACCUCAGUCAAAACCACGGAAAAGCUUACCAAAUACAAAGACUUGGAAAUCGAGGUUGAGCGAAUGUGGGGGCUCAGAACAACAACAGUCCCGGUGGUUAUUGGAGCCCUUGGCACUGUCAAGAAGGACAUGGAAAACCACACCAACAAAAUCCCUGGCAACAUAAACAUACAUGGACCCCAGAAAAUAACUCUCCUUUCUACAGCCCACCUUCUCAGGCGGGUCCUUUCCAUCAAGUAG